AUGGGAGAGCAAUUGACGAGGACAUCGAGUCAUAAGUCUAUCAUACUUACCACGCUUGGGUCCAUAAGUCGUCACGCGAGACCGAACGCGCUGGGAUUGAUCUUGGAGCUCUUGAUGAGACAACUCGGAUCUCCAUCCUCACCGCUGAGGAGUCUGGCAUACACGAACCUCCUCAGCAUUUGCCGGCACCACAGCAAGUCGCCAAUGGCACUUAUAUCGCCUUAUUUGGAGCAGGUCAGCAUCAUGUUGGUCGCCAGUCUCUCUGAGGCCCCCGACACCCUGACCGAAGCUGCCUCUUUCUUAGGGCAAACAAGACAGAACUUCAUUGAGACGACACUACAUUACACUAUUCCGGCCAUGAUUCUCGCCCGGAACCGCAUGUGUCUCGAGCAGAUGGCAUCGACACUCCCGACUGGUCUUGGGGUGACCUUGCUUGAAUACACGGCGCAGAUAUUGACAAAGAUCUUCCUGUGUCCAUCCAGAACAGACCAAUGCCUUGCUUUUCUCGUCAACUUGGUCAGCCAGCUUGUUCAUGAUACGGCGACGACGCACAUCGAUGCCCCAAGCUUGAUAACGUCUUGCAUUGUGCCUCUGCUAGUCGCUUUGGUGAUCGAGCUCGGUGACGAGGAAGCGGAAGUAUCAAACAGCGCAGCCAUGGGCUUACGCAAAGUCCGCGACGUAUACCAGGUGACUCAUCGGAGCUCAUCCCUCGAUCUCGGCACAUUCCUCAAGCCUCACAUGCUCGGGGUGAUGACGCACCUGAACGAGACACUGCACGAUGUGCGGGGCCGAAAGUCAGCAGCCUACAAGAGGAAGCUCAUUCGAAGUCUCAAAACUCUGAUAGAGAUGGUUGGCGACUCCAUCGCAUCUUAUUCCCCUCAGGUGAGUUCCAUCAUGGCAAGCCUGCAAAUAACCCUCCAAACAUGGCUGGCUUUCAUUCGCACGCUCCGCUACUCAGACAUUGGCCCAUUUGUGGGCAGGACUACCGCCACUCUGGUCGCAAACUGGGCAUCUUUCGACCCCAAUGAUCGAGGUGUAGCCAAGGAUAUCGUAUCGGAGAUAGCGGAUAACGCAAAACACCUCUCAGCAUACCUGGAUGACAUUGUUGGCUUGGACCACAUACCCGAGCUCCGUUCAGCUGGCGACAAGCUCACAGCAUCCAGGAAGGGCUUGGGAUUUGCCGAGCAGCUCGCCAAGCUCCUUGAGCGAGUCAGGAGCAAGAAUAUAGCUGUAGCCACGACAUCCAUCCGAGAACUCCGAGAUGUUCUGUUAGAUCACCCUCGAGAUCGAUCAGCCCUAGCUGAGGGAGACGCGUUUCAUCCGUUGGUUGCUUCCACGAUGCAGACUCUGCUAUCAACUUCCAGCCGCGAUGCCGAGUUUAUGAGCUUCUGCGAUAUGGCUUACGAAUGUCUGGGCAUCGUCGGCGCACUGGAUCCAGAUAGGUGCGUUUCCAAUUCCGACUCCGGGACGAUGACGAUCAUGUCCAAUUUCAACGAUCCCGAGGAGUCCGUCGACUUUGCCAUACAUCUCGUCCGAGAUCUAUUGGUGGACGCUUUUCGUGCGACCAAUGACACCAAACUUCAAGGACACUUGGCGUUCGCGAUCCAGGAGUUGCUGCAAUUCUGCGGGUUCAGUCCGAAAUUGCUGCAGAGUGGAUCCAGCGGGGGCAUCUCGUUGCGCACGCGGACCCGUUGGACGAAUCUCCCCAAAGAUCAGCAUGAAACGUUGACUCCCCUUCUGGAGUCAAGAUUCACGUUGACUGAUGGGACCAUGCCGACCUUCUCUCAUCCAAUCUACGGAUCAGCUCCAACGUACCGAGAGUGGCUGCAGAGGUGGACGCUUGAUCUCAUCGGUCAAGUUAUGCAGCUGCCCCUAGAUAACAGAGCCACCCGAGACAGCCAGACGAUUUUCGGCGUCUUCCGAGGUGUCUUGAAGAAUCAGGACGCUGCAGUAGCGCAUCAUAUCCUGCCUCAUCUGGUUCUCAAUGUACUAUUGUCUGGUGGGGCAGACGCUCGAGAACAGAUCAGUCAGGAGAUCAAUGCCGUCCUCCAAGACCAAGUCAGUCAGUCUUCGGCUGGGUCGGCAGACAAGAGGACAUGGAGUGCACAAGUCGUUUUCGAUCUCAUGGAUCAUCUCAGCAAGUGGCAGCGGCUACAGCGUAUAGGUGAAGGCCGGAGCGAGAAGCACAGCACAUAUCGGGCCGUUGACGCAGUCCUAUCAACUAUCGAGGUCGAGCUUAUGGCCAAUGCUGCACUCCAGAGUAAAGCAUAUGCGCGGGCACUACGAGGCUUCGAGCAGCGGAUUACACAAUUGCGCAGAACUCGGAGAGCGAAUACGGAUCUUCAAACAUACUUUGAAAAGCUGCAUCUCGUAUAUGCAAAUCUCAACGAGCCAGACGGCAUGGAGGGAGUGUCGACUUUCGUCAUCGCCCCCUCAUUGGAACACCAAAUCCGUGAACACGAGAGUACAGGCCGUUGGACCUCAGCACAAAGCUGCUGGGAGGUCAGACUCCAGCAGUCGCCUAACGAUGUCACUUUACAUCAGGGACUCCUGCAUUGUCUGCGAAACCUGGGGCACUACGAUACUUUGCGCACUCAUAUCCGGGGCAUACUCAGUCUUCAUCCCGAAUGGUCAAGAUCGUUAGCAACAUUUGAGGCAGAGGCGGCGUGCAUUACCGGCGAAUGGCAAACCAUCCGUCGCCUGGACUUGGAUGCUCCGCCAAUUGCCAGACUUCUGCUGGCUCUGCAUGACAAUCGCGACCUGGUCUCACCUCUUCUCGAGGCUAGGCGGAAAGUGGGCAUUUCGAUAACCUCGAAUUCUUACCCUCGAAUGUACGAUCAAGUAAUGGACUUGCACCUGUUGAGAGAGGUCGAGAUCAUCAAGCAGGCCGAUACAAACCUAUCAAUGUCGAACACCGAUGCGAACCGUCGCAUCAAAGCACGAGAUGCCAUGUCAAUUUUGACUCGUGAGCUCGGUCAAAGGUUCGAAACUUUGGCCCCAUCAUUUCAGGUCAGAGAGCAAGUAUUGUCUAUUCGACGAGCGGCAUUUGGCCUUACCAAAGCUCCCGAGCUGCGGGCUGAGCUCGGCACAAGUUGGAUACAAAGCUCCAAGAUCGCUCGGAAAUCCGGUUACGAGCAGACGGCAUACAGCGCGAUUCUCCAGGCUCAGCAAGCGGAAGCGCCUUACGCCUUUACUGAGAAAGCCAAGCUUCUGAGGGCACAAAGUGGUGCCUGGAAGGCGUUAUUCGAACUGGAGAAUAUGGCCCAACCGAUCCUCGAAGCCGCUACUGGGGACGACUCCGCUGGUGAAGACUAUGACAGAGAUAGAAAUCUAGCCAAAGUGCUCCUGCUGGAGGCUCGCUGGGCUCAAGAGUCGGAUCGUUUCGAAGCCAAUCUUAUAGUCGAUCGUUACAAGGAGGCCAUCAAGCUCGCACCAAAGGCGUCCCACAAUCUUCACACUUGCCACAAUUACAUACUGGCCCUACAACAUGGCGUGAAAUACAUCUUUCAGACCAUGCCACGUAUGUUGACAUUAUGGCUCGACCUAGGCGAACACAAGGACCUUAAGAAACAUCCGGAAAUAGCAACUUCGCUGGUGAAAAUCACCGCAAUGAUCGACAGAUCCCGAAGGGAACUGGCGUCCUACCAGUAUUUCACGGCCUAUCCACAAAUCGUCUCACGGAUCGGGCAUCCUGUCAAAGAGGUGUCUGUGGUCCUAGUGAAAAUCAUGUCCAUGGUGCUGGAGCACUACCCUCAACAAGCUUUGUGGCCAACUAUUGGAGUUAUGCAAUCUAUACGGCCGGAAAGAAAGACCAAAUGCCAAGCCGUCCUGACUCGCGCUCAGCAUCGUGACCAUGGAGUCGCACUCAUGAUUCAGGAAGCUCUUCGAUUAGGUAGCGCGUUGUUACGGCUCACCGAAGAGGGGACCGACAAACGCAAAGAGCUCUCCCUAUCUUUGGCAGCUCAAUUUCCCUAUGUCAGAUCGGCCGUUCCCUCCAGGAUGAUGGUGCCUCUGCAGGAAGCCCUCACAUGUACCCUGCCUUCCACAUCAGAAACUGUCAAGUCCCAUAACCCAUUCCCAGAUAGUCCCGUGGAGAUCCGAGACAUCGAUGACAAGAUUGAGGUCAUGCCAUCGCUGCAGAGGCCUAAGAAGCUCGUCCUCAUUGGCACUGACGGCAAACGAUAUCCCUUUCUUUGCAAACCGCACGAUGAUCUGCGCAAAGACGCGCGAUUGAUGGAUCUGAACGGCAUGAUAAAUAAGUUGCUCAAGAGUGCCUCAGACUCUCGUCGCCGUCGUCUCUACAUCCGGACGUAUGCCGUUAUGCCACUGAAUGAGGAAUGCGGGCUUCUACAAUGGGUCAGUAAUACCAAGGCACUUAAAAGCAUUUUGGAACAAGGCUAUCUACGGCAGGGGAAGCGAAUAUACCCCUCCGCAUGGUUGGCUAGUCGCCUGUCGUACUCCAGAACCUUGGCCGUCAUGUCAAUGAUCGGCUAUGUCCUCGGGCUUGGUGAUCGACAUGGUGAAAACAUACUGUUCGAUAGCUUGACAGGGGACACGGUACAUGUGGAUCUGAAUUGUUUAUUUGAUAAGGGCAAAACCUUUGAAAUUCCCGAGAAAGUGCCAUUUCGUCUCACGCAGAAUAUGGUGGACGCUCUCGGAGUGACCGGCGUUGAAGGUGUGUUCAGGAAGGCUGCGGAGAUAGCGUUAGCCAUCCUGCGCGACAACACAGAUGCUCUCAUGAGUGUUCUCGAAGCAUUCGCACACGAUCCUCUUGUUGAAUGGUCAUCGCGGUCCGGCCGUUCAAAAUCGGACAAGGAUGUCGGGAUCAUUGCGGAGAAAAACCUGAAGCCUAUCCGAGCGAAGCUCCAGGGCAUCAUGGACGGAGCAGUCAAAACGUCUGUUCCAAAUCAAGUCGAGGCGCUCAUUAAGGAGGCCACAAGCCCCUCAAAUCUGGGAGUCAUGUACUUGGGUUGGGCGGCGUGGCUGUGA